AUGACGCUAUCCACCGCGAUAUCUCCCUCCCUAACCGAAUCCAAGAAGAAGAAGAACCGCAACAAAAAUGGAGGAGCAGAAGAAGACGAAUCAACGGAGCAACAAAAGCAACCAGACUUCAUGAUCAAACCAAGCACCCGAGCAUCAUCAAUCGACACAUCAGAGUGGCCGAUACUCCUCAAGAACUACGACCGCCUCAACAUCCGAACCGGUCACUACACUCCUCUCCCCGCCGGUCACUCUCCGCUCAAACGGCCACUCAACGAUUACCUCAAAUACGGUGUCCUCAACCUUGAUAAGCCGGCAAACCCUUCUUCUCACGAAGUUGUUGCUUGGAUCAAGCGGAUUCUCCGUGUCGAAAAGACCGGUCACAGCGGUACUCUCGAUCCCAAAGUUACUGGGAAUUUGAUUGUUUGCAUUGACAGAGCGACAAGGCUUGUGAAGUCUCAACAGGGUGCUGGGAAAGAGUAUGUUUGUAUUGCGAGACUUCAUUCCGCUGUUCCUGAUGUUGCUAAGGUAGCUCGUGCUCUUGAAACCCUAACUGGUGCUGUUUUUCAAAGGCCACCUUUGAUUUCUGCUGUUAAGCGUCAACUUAGGAUUAGAACUGUUUAUGAAAGUAAGAUGCUUGAAUAUGAUGCUGACAGACAUUUAGUUGUUUUUUGGAUUUCGUGUGAGGCUGGUACUUAUGUUAGGACUAUGUGUGUUCAUUUGGGUUUGUUGCUUGGUGUUGGUAGUCAUAUGCAAGAGCUUAGGAGGGUUAGGUCUGGGAUUAUGGGUGAGAAAGAUAAUAUGGUUUCUAUGCAUGAUGUAAUGGAUGCUCAAUGGGUUUACGAUAAUAAUCGCGAUGAAACUUAUCUGAGGAGGGUUGUUAUGCCUUUGGAAGUUCUUUUGACUAGUUAUAAGAGAUUGGUUGUUAAGGAUUCUGCUGUUAAUGCUAUUUGUUAUGGGGCUAAGUUGAUGAUUCCAGGUUUGCUUAGGUUUGAGAAUGAUAUUGAUGCUGGUGAGGAGGUCGUGCUUAUGACCACCAAGGGUGAAGCUAUUGCUCUUGGGAUUGCUGAGAUGACUACUGCUGUUAUGGCCAGUUGUGAUCAUGGUGUUGUUGCUAAGAUCAAGAGGGUGGUUAUGGAUAGGGAUACUUAUCCGAGGAAAUGGGGUUUGGGUCCUAGGGCUUCUACAAAGAAGAAGCUGAUUGCUCUAGGGAAGCUUGAUAAGCAUGGGAAGCCAAACGCUCAUACUCCUGAAGAGUGGGUGAGAAAUGUGGAGGUACUGCCUGCUGGUUGGGACAGUGCGAUUGCUGCGAAGGCUGCUGCUACUGAAACUGAAGAUGGGAAGAAAGUGGUUGCUGAGGAUGGAGAAGGGCGUAAGAGAAAGAUACAUGAAGAUGCCGAUAGUCCUGCUCCUGCUAAGAAGUCCAAAGUUGCUGAAGUUGAAGAUGAAGAAAAAGUGAAGACCGUUAACGUAGAUGAAGCUGCUGUGGAUGUUGAAGAAGAUAAGAAAGAAAAGAAGAAAAAGAAAAAGAAGAAGGAUAAGGAGAAUGAUGAUGCGGCAUCUUCUGAUGAGGAGAAAGUUGUAAAGGAGAAGAAAAAGAAGAACAAGGAUAAAGGUGACGAUGGUUCUUCUGAAGCGGACAAGUCCGAGAAAAAGAAAAAGAAGCAAAAGGAAAAGGUUGAAGAAGCUUCACCUGAAGUGGAGAAAUUUGAGAAGAAGAAGAAGAAGAAGAAAGACAAAGAUGAUGCUGCAGAUAUCAUUAACGGAAAGGAUCAAGGCAGCGCAGAUAGAAGUGAAAAGAAGCACAAGAAAAAGAAAAACAAAGAUGCUCAAGAAGAAUAG